AUGACAAGCAGCUCCGCAACAGUCCAUCCAAUCCGGACGAGGCCUCAUCCGUUCGAUAAGGACUACAAGUACUUGUCUAUUGAGAUUCCUGAAAGCAGUCCUCAUGUGACGAUUGUACGGUUGAAUCGACCGAAAAAGAUCAACGCCAUUUGCGCCGCCAUGUGGCGUGAGAUUGGCCAUGCGUUUGGUCGUCUCGGCUGCGGUGAGCCAGGAGAUGAUUCUCGCUGUCUGUUGCUGACUGGAAGUGGCCGUGGAUUUUGUGCUGGAAUUGAUGUACAAGAUUUGUCAUUUGUCACUGGCGGAGACGAGGAGUGCGAGGAUCCGGCACGAAAAGGACUGGCAUUGAUUCCCAAAGUCCGACAGAUGCAGGCCUGCUUUACGGCACUGGAGACAUGUCCGAUUCCCGUAGUGGCAGCCAUGCACGGAGUUUGUGUGGGAGCUGGCAUUGAUCUAGCGUGUUGUGCCGACAUUCGCAUCUGUGCCGCCAAGACCAUCUUUUCGGUGCGAGAAGUGCAAAUGGGGCUCGCUGCCGAUGUGGGGACACUGCAAAGACUGCCCAAAAUUGUGGGAAAUUCUUCUUGGGUGUCAGAGGUUUGUUUGACGGGGAGAAAUUUCAAGGCAGCAGAAGCCCUUCGGAUGGGUUUUGUAUCCUCAGCGUCGCUUGAUAGUCAGACCAGUCUCGUGGAAAGUGCCGUCAAACUGUGUCAUACCAUGGCUUCCCACAGCCCCGUGGCAGUGGUUGGGACCAAAAAGGCGCUCCUUUUCGCACGAGACCACACAGUGACAGACAGUCUGGAGCAAAUCAUUUCCUAUAAUGCCAUGGCACUCCAGUCAGACGACCUGCCAAAGUCCGUCCAGGCGGCCCUGGAGAAACAAGAAGCCACAUUUCAAAGUUUGUUGAGGCACUCUCGAUUGUAA